AACGGUUGCGGAUCACCAAACAGUGCUCGAGUUCGAAUCCCAGUGAGGUGUGAAAAAAACGAAGAAAAAACAGAUUAGAACACCAUGAAGUGGCUCGUUUGUUUUGCCGGCAUUUUGGUCGUUCUUAUCGCGGUGAACGCCGAUGUGUCCCAUAUUGUCCAGGAGAACCCGGUGACGGAGGUGUGCCUGCGGUGCAUCUGCGAGGCGUCCAGCGACUGUGACCCGACGGUUCGUUGUACCGGCGAGGUGUGCGGCAUGUUCCGGAUCACGUGGGCGUACUGGUCCGACGCGGGCAAACCGGUCCUGCAGGGCGAUUCCCCGGACUCCCAGAGUGCUUACGCCAACUGCGCCAACGAUCCGCAGUGUGCGGCUGCCACGGUGCAAGGUUACAUGAGGAAGUUCGGCCAGGACUGCAACGGCGAUGGCAUCAUCGACUGCUUGGAUCACGCGGCAAUCCACAAGCUGGGAGGUUACGGCUGCAAGAACCAGGUCCCCAUUCAGUACCAGAGCAAGAUCGACCAGUGCAUCCACCAUGCGGCGGGAACGCAAAUUUAAGCCUACUCGGAUCGUAAUGACAUGCUGCGAUCCAGUUUUUAAAAGUAAUCACUGUUUUUUUUACUUUGCUGCAAGUCUCCUCCGGCAAUUUUUCUUCAUUUCUUCGAUCAGCCUGAAACGUAUACGCGCCAUUUAUUUAUUUUUAUUUAAAUAAACUUCUCAUUUCGGA